AUGUUUGCCCUUUUCGAUGAACACGAAGCAAUCCUCAUGCCAACCCCUGGCUUCGAGCUUCUUUCGCAUGCGAUUGAGAUGCGCAGUUCGAUACGCUGUGUCUUCGCGGACACGGAACACUUGAAGGACCAGUUUGCAUCCGCCUCCAUCCCGGAACUGCUGGCUGCAUUUGAGGACGCCAUCAACGGGGCUCUCGCACAGGGUCUCACCGUCCGAGCGAUCUUUCUGUGCAAUCCUCACAACCCCCUGGGUAGAUGCUACGAGCCAUCCGUGCUGAGGGCAAUCAUGGCCUUUUGUGAAACCCGAGGACUACAUCUGGUGGUGGAUGAGAUCUAUGCCUUGUCUGCGUCCGAAGGUCGAUUCCACAGCACGCUGACUGUCAGUGGUACCGCGGCGACAAAUGUCCACGUCCUGUACGGGCCUGGGAAGGACUGGGGCCUUUGUGGCGCUCGGUUGGGAUGCUUGAUCACCAGGAACCAUGAGCUUCUUCGCACCUUGGAGCAGACCGCCCGGUUUACCCGCGCAUCCUCGCUCGCGGAGGAGCUGCUUCUUUCCAUCUUCUCGGAUCAUGAGUAUACGGACUCUGUCCACAUACCCGCCCUUCGGAAACGGUUAUCCCUAGCCAGGGCAUGCGUGAUGCAGCGGCUAACGGAGCUGGAGAUUCCCUUUGUGGAACCGCAUGCUUCAUUUGGUAUAUGGAUCGACCUUCAGCGUUACUUGCGAUUCUUUUGUCAGAAUUCCUCUGCAAGUCGGGAAGCCCAACUGGCCAGGUAUCUCCUCUCCAGAGGUGUGCUGCUAAUGCCUAGCGAUGUGAGUUCCAGUCAAAGGCAUUGGUUUCAAUCGAUUAACCCGGGGCUAACAAUGGUCGAGGCGUUUCAUACCAACGAUCGAGGUGCUUUCCGGCUGAACUAUGCGGUGGAUGCUGAAAUGCUGCGCAAUGGCAUGGACAGGUUUGAAAGGGCGCUUGGGGAAUUGAAGGUAACUCACCGUCCUCGAGCGAAGCGCCUCAGCAAGUGA